AUGGCUCACUAUAACCAGUUAUCACCAACGACACAGAGCAACGUCAACCUCGGAGCAUCAGCCAAUCCGAAUGCCAAACCCACAGACUUCGACUUUCUGGCCGUGAUCGGGAAAGGAACCUUCGGCAAAGUUCUUCUGGCCAAACUCAAAGCAGACGGGAAGUUUUAUGCGGUGAAGGUUCUGCAGAAGAAAGUCAUCCUGAAGAAAAAAGAGCAAAAGAACAUCAUGGCUGAGAGGAACGUACUGCUGAAGAGCCUGAAGCACCCCUUCCUGGUGGGCCUCCAUUACUCCUUUCAGACCUCGGAGAAGCUGUAUUUCGUCCUGGACUAUGUAAACGGAGGAGAGUUAUUUUUCCACCUUCAGAGGGAUCGGUGUUUCUCAGAAGCGCGGGCGCGGUUUUACUCCGCCGAGGUGGCGAGUGCCAUCGGCUACCUGCAUUCCCUCAAUAUCAUUUACAGGGACCUGAAACCUGAAAACAUCCUGUUAGACGCUCAGGGUCACGUGGUGCUGACGGAUUUUGGCCUGUGUAAAGAAGGACUGGAAGCUGAAGCCACCACCUCCACAUUCUGUGGAACGCCGGAGUACCUCGCUCCAGAGGUGCUCCGGAAAGAGCCGUACGACCGCACGGUGGACUGGUGGUGCCUGGGAGCUGUGCUGUUCGAGAUGCUCUUUAGCUUACCUCCGUUUUACCGGCGGGACGUGGCAGAGAUGUACGAUGCCAUCCUGUACAAGCCCCUGCAGAUGCCACCUGGGAAAUCUGACGCCGUGUGCCACCUACUGCACGGACUUCUUCAGAAAGACCACCACCGCCGGUUGGGAGCCAUCGCCGACUUCCUGGAAAUUAAAAACCACGUUUUCUUCAGCCCUAUAAACUGGGAUGACCUCUACCAUAAGCACAUGACCCCUCCGUUCAUCCCCCAUGUGAGAGGGCCGGCUGACCUCCAGAACAUCGACCCGGAGUUCACCAGAGAGAUGGUGCCCGGUUCUGUGAGCAGAACCCCGGAGCUCAGCGCCAGCAUGGCAGCCGGCAGCUCCAACGCCUUCAGCGGCUUCUCCUACGUCUCCAGCGACAGCAGCUUCCUCUAAACCUGUCAUCUUCACAUGGACGUUUCU